AUGUCAGCUAAGCACAAAGCAAAAGAAUCUACGCGAGAGAUAAGCGAUCCUCCAGAUAAAUGCAAUGAAUGUGGAAUCUGUCAACCUAAGGUGAGCAAGACGAGAGGGGAGCCUAGCACAAGCACGAGUCUAAAGGAAGCCCUCUGCGAGAAGAUCCCCGUGCACCACGAUCUCCUGAGAAACUUUCGAUUUCACUUUGGUCAGAACGUCGUUAGUCAGAUCACGGUCGAGAACCUGUACACGGGGAUGAGCGAUGUGAAAACCAUCGUCAGGGAGAUCUCGGAACUUGAUCCUAAACACGGCAUCAAGUACCGUGGCCUGACUAUACCGGAAGUGAUCGGUCUGCUGCCUCGCGAAGGAAACUCGCCGAGCGCGGAGGCGGUGUUUUGGUUGCUCUUAACCGGUGACGUCCCGACGCAGCAGCAAACUGCUUCAUUGAUCGCCGACUGGACGUCACGGCGUAAAAAAUGUACGGAAUGGUGGUCGGGAACACGGGGUGAGACGAUAGCUUCCGUUCUGCGUUCGAUGCCCGAGACAAUUACGCCCAUGCACAGACUGUCGGUCGCGCUCACAAUUUUCGACAUCAGCAAGCAGGCGAAGGAGGCCAAAAAGCACGGUGCUAUGCCCUACACUUACUGGGAGUACACUUAUGAAGAUGGCAUGGAAUUUCUUGCAACUUUACCAGCGAUCAUCGGCCUGAUUGCCAAAGGCCAAACUUUGACAAAUGUGAGCGGUGACGGUGACUGGGUGCAAUUUCUGUUAGAUUGCUUGAGCAGCGAGAGCUUCGACGGCAGAAGAUCAUCGAUCGCAGAUUUUCUCAGACUGUACAUUGCCUUAAACGCUGACGAUGAUGGCGGGGCUCCGAUCGCUCAUGUCACGCAAAUUUUGGGUUCAACUGAUCUCCAUAUAAAUGAGAUAUUAGCGAGCACCGUUUUGGCGCACGUCGAUGAGCCCAAAAGUGGAACGAUGUUGGAAUGGAAAAAGUUACAAACGAAAAUCAAGGAUCGACUCGGACGCACGUGGACGGAACACGCUUUGAAAGCUUGCAUACUGAAUUUAUUGAGCAGGGACAAAUUGAUAGGGCACAAGGAGGCCGAUUUCUGCGAUCCACGAUACACCGCGCUCUUGCAUUACGCCAAGCAGCAUUUGUCCAACAAUUCGGAAAUGAAGUUCUCUCUGGACGUCACACGGAUAUUAAGAUUGACAAUGAGAAGAGCAAAAAGAAAAGACAUUUAUCCAGAGCAAAAUGCCCUGGCUCCUGUUAUUUUUCAGUAUUAUGGACUGAAAGACAUGCAGUUCAAUCAGAUGAUAUUUUACAUGGCGCGAGCUUUGGGAGCGAUUGCCUCGAUAAUCUGGACAACGGUCGUGAACGCGCCUGUCGAGCAUCCGAUAUCAAAUUGCACUUACAGUUACAUAGAAUCGAUUUAUGGCGACAGUAUAAAAAAACGAAAACGCACGAUACGAAAGUAAGCAAAACCAAGAAAAAAGUUUGCCUCAAAGUGCCUCAAAGUUUAAGAAGAGUAGGAAAGUUUGAAAUGGCGAAAAUGAUCAAGUUUAACUCAUUAA